CCCGCGCAGUAAAUACACGACGCUAACAGUUUUAUCCAAUAGAAAUCGCUUUACAAUUCUCUGCGAAUCUUAUCGACGCAACAUGGCCGCCGCUAUAGCUGCUGACCCACCGACAGGUGGAUUUGUAUUUGAAAAUUGUCAGAGGAACAAGUUCCUUGAAACUCAAGGCUAUCAACUGCCUAAAGCAUACAAAACUGGAACAACUAUUGCUGGUAUUGUUUUUAAGGAUGGAGUGGUGCUGGGAGCAGAUACCAGGGCUACAGAAGGCCCCAUUGUGGCUGACAAAAACUGUGCCAAGAUUCAUUACAUUUCCUCUAACAUCUAUUGCUGUGGAGCAGGCACAGCAGCAGAUACUGAGAUGGUGACACAGAUGAUUUCAUCUGAAUUAGAGCUCCAUCGUCUGAACACUGGUCGUGUACCUCGUGUUUGCACUGCAAACCGUCUUCUGAAGCAAAUGUUGUUCAGAUACCAUGGUUUUAUUGGUGCUGCACUUGUUCUUGGUGGUGUGGACAUCACUGGCCCUCACCUCUACUGCAUAUAUCCUCAUGGCUCUACCGACAUGCUGCCUUAUGUCACCAUGGGUUCGGGAUCUCUAGCAGCCAUGUCAGUUUUUGAAGAUCGCUUUAAACAAGAUAUGACACGUGAUGAGGCCAUGAAGCUGGUGCGUGAUGCUAUUGCUGCUGGCAUCUUCAAUGAUCUAGGCUCAGGCAGUAAUGUUGACCUGUGUAUUAUCACCAAAGAUAAGGUUGAAUACAUUCGGCCAUACGAUGAAGCCAACAAAAAGGGUGUUCGACAUGGCAAAUAUCAGUACAAAAGGGGUACAACAGCCGUUCUCAGUACAGAAGUAAAGAAGAUCCCUCUGGAGAUUCUGGAGACAGAAGUGCGAGCAACACCCAUGGAUACCACCGCAUAGUUUUUUUUUUGGCUGGCUUCACAUUUGUCUUGUUAGACACUUUAACCUAUUCUUUCAAUUUAUGUGCUGAUUAUUAUAGAAAGAACAUUCUCAAAAGGGUUUUAACUGUGCACGAACGUCUCAUUAUUAUAUGUCCCUGACAUAAAACGUUCUUCAGCUGCUUAUAAUUUUGUGCAAUUUGAUUUUAUAAACAUCAAGAUCAUUUGCGUUACCUGUUUAUGCUGUUCUGUGCUGUUUUUGAAUUUCUUUUGUUUGAAAAGAUUAAAGUUUGAGUUGUCUUUCCAUUUAGAAGACCAGGAAUCUGUUACUUGAUCAAAAGAAGAGUAAAGCUGUUAGAAGACUGAAUACAAGAUACAGAAUGAAUAUCAGACAUUGUGGGAAAAUCAUCUGGCCCUGCAGUGUUGUUAAACACUGGUUUUGUACACAAACAUUGGUCACCUUGUCAACUAUUAUUUUUCAUCCGAACAACAACUAGUAUAUGUCUGUAAGCUGCCUAAUUGAUGUCAUGAACCCAUGUCAUUAAAAAUACUUUUGAACUGUGAA